GCGGAGGCGAGGUGGGGCUCGUUUCAUGGAGAGAAUCAGCAAAAAGCAAACCUGGAAAAGGCGAGGAGGGGUUGGCAUGGUCGACCACCUGUUCCUCGAGCAGAGUGCAGCGCCCGUUGAUUGGCUGAGAGCCCCCCCGGGUACCGGAAGUGGCCGAUGCCCGUCGCCGUUGACACCGAGACAACAGCUGCGGGCUCUGAGAGAGCGGGCGGAGCAGCGCCAGGAGCCCAAGCGGAGUGAGCGUGGGGCGGUACGGCCUGCGAUUUUGAGAUGGGCACUGAGAACAAGGUGAUUCCCAAGGAAGAAAUUUCUGAAGAAUAUGAACCACAUGGGGCGAUAUUAGAAAGACUUCCAAGGGUGGUUUACCAGAGUCAUACGUUUGGCACAGCAUGUGAAGAACACAUGUUGGAGGGACAUUCAAGAGAGUCCACAGAAGAAAUUGUGGAGCAGUUAUCUCCUCAGGAGAGAGACUUUGCAUCAGAGUUGAUUAUCUUCAAGAAAUCACCCUCAAGUGAGAAAGAUCAGGAGUAUAAUGGGAGUGAGAGAGGCUGCAGUCCCAGUCCAAAUCUGGUUACACAUCAGGGAGAUACUACAGUAGAGGGAGUUAGUACAUUUGUUACUUCUGAUCAGAAUUUCUUAGAUAAUGUAGAACCUAACAAAACACAGAAGAAUUCUGUGGGAGAAAAGCCUCAUACAUGUAAAGAAUGUGGGAAAGCCUUUAAUCAGAACUCCCAUCUUAUCCAGCAUAUGAGAGUUCACAGUGGAGAGAAACCCUUUGAAUGCAAAGAAUGUGGAAAGACAUUUGGAACUAACUCAAGCCUUAGAAGGCACCUGAGAAUUCAUGCUGGAGAAAAACCCUUUGCCUGUAAUGAAUGUGGAAAGGCUUUCAUUCAGAGUUCACAUCUCAUCCAUCAUCAUAGAAUUCAUACUGGAGAGAGACCAUAUAAAUGUGAAGAAUGCGGUAAAGCCUUCAGUCAGAAUUCAGCCCUUAUUCUACAUCAGAGAAUCCACACUGGAGAGAAACCAUAUGAAUGUAAUGAAUGUGGGAAGACUUUUAGGGUUAGCUCACAGCUUAUUCAGCAUCAGAGAAUUCAUACUGAGGAAAGGUAUCAUGAAUGCCAUGAGUGUGGUAAAGCCUUCAAGCAUAGCUCAGGCCUUAUUAGACACCAGAAAAUUCAUACCGGAGAGAAACCAUAUCUGUGUAACGAAUGUGGGAAAGGCUUUGGUCAGAGUUCUGAACUUAUCCGGCAUCAAAGAAUUCAUACAGGGGACAAGCCCUAUGAAUGUAACGAAUGUGGGAAAACUUUUGGUCAGAACUCAGAAAUUAUUAGACAUAUUAGAAUUCAUACUGGUGAGAAGCCCUAUGUAUGUAAGGAAUGUGGGAAGGCCUUCAGGGGCAACUCAGAACUUCUUAGACACGAGAGAAUUCACACGGGAGAGAAACCCUAUGAAUGCUUCGAGUGUGGAAAGGCUUUCAGACGGACCUCUCACCUUAUUGUCCAUCAGAGAAUUCAUACUGGAGAGAAACCCCAUCAGUGUAAUGAAUGUGCAAGAACCUUUUGGGAUAACUCUGAGCUGCUUCUUCAUCAGAAAAUCCAUAUUGGAGAGAAGCCUUAUGAAUGUAAUGAGUGUGAUAAAACAUUCAGCCAGCAUUCCCAACUUAUCAUACAUCAGAGAAUUCACACUGGAGAGAAGCCUUAUGAGUGCCAAGAAUGUCAGAAGACAUUUAGUCGGAGCUCUCACCUCCUCAGACAUCAAAGUGUUCACUGUAUGGAAUGAUCUGCAAAAUAGGAAAGCUUUCUGUAGAAAUGCUUCUGACUUAUUAAUUUGUUCACCAUCUGUACCCCAGGUUCUCAGAAUGAGAUCAUUUUGAAGAAUCUCCUCUGUCCUUCCACUGAUUUUGAUCUGAACAGUUGAAAAGGAUGAGGCACUUUUAUGAACUAUUCAUUGAGAGGUUUCAGUGUACUGAGUUUAAUCAUAAAAGCUGUUUCAGGCCUUAAUUCUCCUCUUCUCUCUCCCUCUUUCACUCCUUCUUCCCCAGUGGAGUAUACAACAUUAGUGGUCUGUACCAGCCAACUAGCCUAAAUUGUUACUUCUCAGGAAAAAUGAGGAAUAUGAUUCCAUCAUCUCCUAAGAAUGACAAAGUUGACUCACUGAAUGUUAUCCCCUGAAAUGUUAGAAAGUCAUGGCCUAGAAGACACAUCUCAUUCACCUGUUCACUUUUUAGGAUUAAGUAGUUUAGUAAGCUUUUAUUAGCCUCAAAACCUUCCAGCCAUGCUGUCAAGUUCCUUUAGAAGAGGUCAGCAUUAAUGAAGAAGCAGGAGUCUCGGGCCAUUUCACAUCUGCCAGGUUCCCUCAUUCAUUUGAAGAGGGCGCCAUUAUGGAGAAAGCUGACACGCAAUUUACAGGAUUGUAAGUGAGGCCCUUAAAAUUCAGAAGGACUUAUUGGAUAAGGCCAGGGGAAAAAUACAUGAGGCCAGACAACUCAG